AAAGUAUUUUAGGAUAAGUAAUCCAAUCUAACGUAAAAUCCAGUCUAAUGUAAUUUUUCUCUAUACAUUUGGAUGAAAGCUGUGCUCUAAUUCCAAGCUUAUCAGGGAAUAUUUGGAAAUGGGUAUCAUCACAGUAUCUUAACUGAUUCCAAAUGGUGGAAACUCGUGCUGAUCGACGAUACUGCAGCUUUGAAGCGACGACGAAGCAGUCGUCCAUCCUUGACUGCUCCAUUCUUCAUCUCCAUAGACCUAUGUCCAAAUUGUGCACUUCAGACCUUUUCUCCAUAAGUCUUGCCGAAUUCUAUAGUAGCAACAACUUAAAACUGUCUAAUUAUAGUAGUGGCAACAAUUGUUACAGUGAUAAACAGUGCUUUUGUGAUAUAACUAUCAAUAAUACUAGGUCUUGCCUCUGUGAUUGUGUUAAGAAGACCUUAUUAAGAACUACUGAGCUUGAUACCAAUUUUGGUUGUCCUAAGUUUGAAACCAAUCUUGGUGGUGCGAUAUUUCUGAUUUUGUUUGCGCAAGUAUACCACCAGAAUCUUAUUUGCUACAAAGCAUGCCAGUUGAUGAUACUAGUGAAGAGUCGAGUCGAAGAAGAAACAAUUCCAAUGACAGUGACAGCAGCAGCAGUAGCAGCAGCAGCCUCUUCUCUGAAGAUGCUUCGUCAACGUCUAUGCCAGCACCCCCAGAUGGGGGAUAUGGUUGGGUGAUAAUUAUUGCCGCAUUCCUGAUCAACCUUAUUUGCGACGGAAUAUCGUUUUCCUUUGGGAUUUUGUACACAGAAUUAUUAGAUCAAUUCCAAGAAAGUAAAAGUUUGACGUCAUGGGUUGGGUCUCUGUUUUAUGGGACCUGCCUUAUGGGUGGACCGCUGGCCAGCGGCUUAGCGACAAAGUUUGGUUGCCGAAAGGUGUUAAUUGGCGGAGGAAUAGUGGCAAGUGCUGGGACAUUCAUAAGUGCAUUUGCCACAAGUAUCGGAACCUUAUGUUUGUUCUUUGGAGUAAUCACUGGGAUUGGAAUGUCCAUGGGUUAUGUGACCUCCGUUGUUAUGGUCGCCUUUUACUUUGAGAACAAGAGGGCGUUAGCGACAGGACUGGCGGUGUGUGGUUCUGGAAUUGGGACGUUUGUGUUUGCACCGCUGACUGAAUUGUUUAUCGAUAUAUACGGAUGGCGUGGAACUAUGAUAAUAUGGAGUGGGAUUAUCCUGAAUCUUGUGGUCUGUGGAGCAUUGCUGAGACCAUUGGAGUUUACAGUUCAAGAAAAGAGGCAAAAAGCUUUGUUGAAGUUUGAAAAAAUGUCACGAAUGUCAAGGACCGAGUCUCUUGCAAGUUCGUCAAAUGGGAGAAAUGUUAGUAGGCUUGCAAGUCAUACAGAAGGUUUAGAAGAUGAAGAUGAUAUUUUUGAAGAAGGAAAUAUAGAGGAUUGUUGUCAUUCUCAGAUUCAGAUUCCGACGUUCAUUAAAGAAAAGGGGAUUGAAAUCCCAGUGGAAGUUUUGAAGGAGGCGAAAAAUAAUCGGUCUGCUCUGAAGGAUUAUAUUAGAAACUAUUGCGAGGAAAAUGAUGUUGAACCCGAGAAUCAGCAAGAAGAUUAUGACGUCCAAGAUGAUGAAACAAAAUAUGAAACAACAGUUAUGUUGCAAAACGGAAAGGGGAAUGUUAAAUUGAAUGGUAAUAUUGGUCCAAAAAGCAGUUGUCUGAAAAAUGCGCCCAAAAAACAACAGUCAAAUGAAGGUCAUCACCAUUCUAAAAGCCCAUCAAGACCUAAAAAGCAAGUAAGAAUGAGCACUUAUCUGCCAUUGUACAGAAAAGGAUUGUUUUUUCGAGGAAACCUCACUCGAUACACUGGUCCAAUAGGCCGUGUCAAGUCAAGCAGCUGCCCCGAACUGACAAUUCGACAAUGGGAUGAUAGCGACAGCGAAAGUUCGGAUGAUGAUGAUUGGGACUUUCCUUGGCGAUAUUUGCGUUUCAGUAAACACAUGAAGCGUGUUCUCAAAGCUCUGUUUGAUCCUACUAUUCUCAAGAAUCCGCUGUACGUCGUCUUCGCGAUUUCGAACUUUAUUCUUUACUUCUGGUACGACGUUCCAUACAUAUUUCUGGUUGACAGGGCAACUGAACUUGGGAUGGACGAAAAUAAAGCGUCACUCCUGAUAUCGAUACUGGGAAUUGUCAACACUGUUGGGCAGAUACUAUACGGAAUCAUCGGUGAUCGUGAAGUGAAUCUCAGUGUUUUGUAUGGAAUAUCCUUGAUGGCAUGCGGACUGUCGAUAUUUGUUGUACCAAUCUUCACAGCAUUCGAGCCACAAGCAGUGAUCUCGGGUCUAUUUGGUCUCUUUAUCAGCGUUAAUUACUCAUUAAGCACGGUGAUCUUGGUGGAAUAUCUGGGCAUCGACAAACUGUCAAAUGCUUAUGGACUGACGAUGCUGGUACAGGGCAUUGCCAAUCUUGUUGGGCCACCUGUGGCUGCCCUGUUCUAUGACUUCACUGGCUCGUAUGACCUGACGUUUUAUAUUGGUGGCGGGUUCAUCGUAUUUUCUGGGGCGAUGCUUCUUGUUGUUCCUAUAAUGAGGCGCUGUCAAAAACCACUGAAGUUCGAGCAACAGGCUUGCUCUAGCAGGAUUUUCAAUGAGUCACAUUUAGCCAUGAUGGAUCGGGAAAUUGUGAUAGAAAUGGAUGAAGGGCCACAACUACCGAAUGGAAACGAAACUACCUGCUCUUCGUUAUUAUUGGUUUCAAAGAUGAAUACUGACAAUAGUGAUAUCAAUGUGUAAUAUGUAUGGCUUGCCAUGAAUCUGUACAGUUGGUGAUGAAUCUGUACGGUUUGCCAAUAAUCUGUACGAUUUGCCAAGAAUCUGUAUGAUUUGCAUAGAAUCUGUACAAUUUGCCAUGAAUCUGUUUGGUUUGCAAAGAAUCUGUAUAGUUUGCCAAGAAUCUUUACAGUUUGUGAUUAAUCUGGAAUCUGUUUGGUUUGCCAAGAAUCUGUAUGGUUUGCCAAGAAUCUGUAUGGUUUGCCAAGAAUCUGUAUGGUUUGCAAAUAAUCUGUUUGGUUUGUCAUGAAUCUGAAUUGUUUUUUAUUAAUCUGUACGGUUUGCCACGAAUCUGUACGGUUUGCCACGAAUCUGUACGGUUUGCCACGAAUCUGUAUGGUUUGCCAUGAAUAUGUACGGUUUGCCAUGAAAAUGUAUGGUUUGCCAUGAAUCUAUACAUUUUGUGAUUAACCUGUAUGGUUUGCCAAGAAUCAGUUUGGUUUACCAUGAAUCUAUACAGUUUUGUGUUAAUCUGUAUGGUUUGUAAUUACAUUUUGUAAACUUGUAUUGCUUUGUGUUUAUUAUAUAUUAUAUGUGGUAUAUUUGAAAACUCUCAAAAAUAAACCCUUAUCUCAAUUUAACUGUACAUUGAUCCAAGUUAUACAUGUAUUUGGUUUCUCAUUUUGUCUUUAACUCUGUGAAUGAUGAUGAUUUCAUGUACUUUCUUAACUUUAAUUCAAAUUAUAUUUGCAACUAAAAAGCUUGCAUAAUUGUAUUAAUCUCGCAAUGAUUAAGAUGUUUCAAGUUUAUUUUAAUUCUCAGAUUUGAUAAGUUAGUUGUUCAUGUUUUUGUUUAAGAAUAUAGGUCAUUUUAGAUUGUUUGUUUUAAAUGUGACUAUCAUUCUGUUUGGGGGGUUUUCACUUAAAAACUGCAACAAAAUCCUCAUAUUUUUUUUAGAUACUACAUUUAUUUAAUUUUUAAUUUUUCAAGAGUCCCAUUGUUGUUAAUUUUAUGUUGUUUUUUUCUUGUUUUUAUAUGUGUCGGUUUGUGUUUAGAAAAACUGGUUCUUGAUUGAAGAUUUUAAUUGUUUUACACAUCUACAUGAUGUAAUCAGAUUUGAUUUUAAAUGUUACUGUACACAUAUUGAACUAUUUUGCAUGUGCCUGAUUCCAUAAUUAUUGGUACACCAUUUUACCAAGGUCUCAUUUUUAUAUCGCACUUAACUGUGCUGUAUAUUGCAACUGGGAGGCUAUUUAUGAUACAUGUGUUUGACCCCACCAUAUUUAAGUGGAAAUUAUGAAUAUUUCUGAAGCUUACAUGCCAUUAUGUACUUACCUUUAGUUAUAGGACCAAUAGAGAUAUUCUCUUUCAGAGCAUUUUAAAGAAAAAGUCCCUUAAUAUUUUAUCAUAUUAUAACAUAAAACUAUAUUACAUGUUAAAUUACUACUGUCUUACUUUCUUACAUUGUUGAUUACCAAGGUACUUAAUACUGUUAUACUUUAUAAAUAUCGUUAGACAAUUGGCUGACAAAAUCUCGUUUAAAUGAAUAUGCAUGAGGCAGGGGAGACAACUCUACUUCCAAUGAAGUGGCAUGUUGCAAAUAAAUAUUAUUCAAUAACCCUAUGAUGUCAGUAGCGUCAAUGGCCGACUGGUCUUGACUGCUGUAAAAAAUUAUUUUACUGAAAAGGUAGACCUGAGGUUUGAAUCCGGCUUUCGCCAGAAUAUUUUUCUACUGAAAAUCACGGAACCAAUGAAACUGCCUCAUUAAUUAUUCAUGAUUACGAGAUUUUCUUUGCCAAAUCGCCCACGGUACACAACGAAGCAUAGCAUAGUUGUGUAACGCAGGUAUCUGAUGAUGCCCUUCUUAAUACUUUGUGCAAUAUUAAGGACUCUCACACCUUUGGUUGUUAUUUAAAUUCUUAAAUUUGAACAUGUGCUGUCUAAGGGUUGUCAAUAUAAAAUAAGUUAGUAAUGGUAGUACACAAUAUUACUUUGUUUGAUCACAAUUUCUUAUUUCAGAGAGAUAUUUUUCAGACAAUGUUUUUAAUUUAAGGCCUCAAAACUUGACUGAAGUAAUGAAGAAAGGGUGUUUGAAUAAAACAACAACACACAAUUAAUUAUUAUUUAAGGGAAAUACCAUGAAAUACCGUUGACACUGAUUUUGAAAUUUAAAGCUGAUCAAAGGUUCUGUUUAUUUUGUUGUUGAGUUACUGUAUUGUGUAUAUAGCUUUGUUAGUUGUGUUUCAAGAAAGUUUUCUGUUUUUUGUUCACCAGGUUUUCAACGGGUUAUUAGAAUGAGGUUGUCGUUGGGCGUGCGGGCGGGCAGACAGGCGGGCAGGCGGGCGUCAAACAUUGGUUUCUGUUCAAUAACUUUAGUUAGCAUUGAUAGAUAUUGAUGAAACUUGGUGUGUAGGUAGCUUAUGGGAAGAGCUAGCUUGGGAUUGCUUUUGAGGGGGGUUGGGGCUAAGGUCAAGGUCACUGUUACUAAAAAUAGAAAAAUGGUUUCUGCCCAAUAACUUUAGUUAGCAUUGAUAAAUAUUGACGAAACUUGGUGUGUAAGUUGUUAUGUGAAGAGCUGGCUUGGGAUUGCUUUUGAGUGGGGAGGGGCUAAGGUCAAGGUCACUAUUACUUAAAAUAGAAAAAUGGUCAAGGUCACUGUUACUUAAAAUAGAAAAAUGGUUUCUGCCCAUAGUUAGCAUUGACAGAUAUUGAUGAAACUUGGUGUGUAGGUAGCUUAUGUGAAAAGCUAGGUUGGGAUUGAUUUUGAGGGGGGUGGGGCUAAGGUCAAGGUCGCCUGUUACUAAAAAUAGAAAAAUGGUUUCUGCCCAAUAACUUUAGUUAGGAUUGAUAGAUAUUGACGAAAGUUGGUGUGUAGGUAGCUUAUGUGAAGAGCUAGCUUGACAUUGCUAUUGAGGGGGGAGGGGCUAAGGUCAAGGUCACUGUUACUUAAAAUAGAAAAAUGGUUUCUGCCCAAUAACUUUAGUUAGCAUUGACCGAUAUUGAUGAAGCUUGGUGUGUAAGUUGUUUAUGUGAAGAGCUAGCUUGGGAUUGCUUUUGAGUGGGGAGGGGCCAUGGUCAAGGUCACUAUUACCUAAAAUAGAAAAAUGGUCAAGGUCACUGUUACUUAAAAUAGAAAAAUGUUUUUUGCCCAAUAACUUUAGUUAGCAUUGACCGAUAUUGAUGAAACCUGGUGUGUAUGUAGCUUAUGUACAGAGCUAGCUUGGGAUUGCUUUUGAGGGGGGUUGGGCUAAGGUCAAGGUCGCCUGUUACUAAAAAUAGAAAAAUGGUUUCUGCCCAAUAACAUAAGUUAGCAUUGAUAUAUAUUGAUGAAACUUAGUGUGUAGGUAGCUUAUGUGAAGAGCUAGCUUGGAAUUGCUUUUGAGUGGGGAGGGGCUAAGGUCAAGGUCACUAUUACUAAAAAUAGAAAAAUGGUUUCCGCCCAAUAACUUUAGUUAAGAUUGACAGAUAUUGAUGAAACUUGGUGUGUAGGUAUCAUGUGAAGAGCUAGCUUGGAAUUGCUUUUGAGUGGGGAGGGGCUACGGUCAAUGUCACUGUUACUUGGAAUAGAAAAAUAUUUUUUGCCAAAUAACUUUUGAUAGCAUUGAUAGAUAUUGAUUAAACUUGGUGUGUAGGUAGCUUAUGUACAGAGCUAGCUUGGGAUUGCUUUUGAGGGGGGGGGGAGCUAAGGUCAAGGUCACUGUUACUAAAAAUAGAAAAAUGGUUUCUGCCCAAUAACUUUAGUUAGGAUUGAUAGAUAUUGACGAAAUUUUGUGUGUAGGUACUAGUAGCUUAUGUGAAGAGCAAGCUUGGAAUUUCUUUUUAGGGGGGUGGGGUCAAUGUCACUGUUACUAAAAAUAGAAAAAUAGUUUCUGCCCAAUAACUUUAGUUAGCAUUGAUAGAUAUUGAUGAAACUUAGAGCAAAGGUAGCUUAUGUGAAGAGCUAGCUUGGGAGGUGGGGUCAAGGUCACUGUUCCUAAAAAUAGAAAAAAAAAAUCUGCCCAACAACAUAGUUAGAAUUGAUGGAUAGUGAUGAAUCUUAGUGUGAAUAUAGCUUAUAUGAAGCUGCAGAUUGAACUUGCUCAUACAACAAAUUAAUUGGCUUUAAUUUCUGAUUGCCCAUAACAAAAACCUGGUUUCGUCGCAUUGCGGCGCUUCUAGUUUGUUUUAUUUCUAUUAUGUAUUUUGUUUUAAAAAUUUAUAUAAUUAUAUAUCUUUGUCGGACGGUCAACAGCGGUGGGCUAAAGUAAAAGAUGUUGUACAUUUUCCAUUAAUAUAUUAUUUGUAUAUUGUUUGUUUCCUCAUAUUUUGUCUCCACAACAACAGUGUUUCAUAACUUGUUUCAUUUCCAUCGAAAACAUUCCCGUGUUAUGUGUUUUAUUGUAGUCUUAAAGCCAUUCUUGUUAAGAAAUUUCAGCAUGAUUAACAAAAAGUCAUUUGAUUGGACCCCCUGGUGUGUUUGUAGCAAAGAAUAUUUUAAGAACAAAACCUUCUCAUUUUCUUCCUGGGUUAAAGAUUGGCAAAACUGGUCGUUUUGGUUAAAGCUGGUCGUUCAGAUGUCGAUUUUGCAUCUCCGGUCAAAAGGUAGCUCAUGAGGUCAAAUCAAGAAAUAAAUGGGUUAAUAAAUUUAACAGUCUUUAUCCUAUCUUCAUGAAAUUCGGUCAACAUGGUAUUUAUAGCAUAGUUUAUUUACUUUAUUUAUUUCAAAUACACUAAGAGCUGCAUUUCUUUUAUUUUGGAUAUUUAAGAGACAAUUUUUUAGUUUGACAUAACAUGAUUUAAGAAGGAUUUUUUUUAUAUCUAAUGUUAUAAGUUCAAUAUUCCUUUACACCACAAGAUUAUGACCGGUACAUUGUAUAUGUCUUUGAAAUAAUUGAAAUAAAUUGGGGUGUUGCCUUUCAUAAAGAUGCAUUGAUAGAUAACUCAGAUUACGAAGAACAGAUUUCAAAUAAUUUUCUCACAGUGACCAUUUUUCAACACCUAAAUAAUGCUAAAUAAAUUUUAUAAGUAAAAACAUUUUUUUCUAAAUGGCAAUGGCGUGAAGUAAUUUUUGGUGAUGAUAUUAGUACAAAAAUAAGGCAGACGACAAUAUUUUGACAUCAUUAUUACAGUGACAUAUUUUGCAGUGUGUCAACAAGACUGUUUUUCGCAGUACUCGGCAUAUGUUAGAGCAUGCAUAAAAUUUGAGGAACAUGUAGGUGUGUCUCUCUUAGAAUAUAAAAGAAAGGCUUGCCUGACUUACCGGGUAAGUUCUUAUAUCAGGGUGGAGCAGAAACGAUGCAUAUCAAUUCACAUAGGGAAAUAUUGGUAUUUGUUGUGUGAUAUUUAAGUUCUGAAAUGCUUAAAUCAGGUUGGAGUUGAAGCGUUAUGUAUCGAUACGUAUCGGCGGAAUAUCGGUAUUUGUCUUGCGAUCUGAAUGCAGCUGAAUAUUUCUGUUGCAAUAUUUUAUUUAAACAUUUUCCUGUGAUAUAAAAUCUCUUUCUAUUUACUUAUUAUUUUAUACAUUUACAACUAGCGCUUGCCAGAAAAUAUAAUAUAUAUGUAUUAUAACUUUUUAAAGCUAUUUAUUUUACAAACACCGUUUAGGCCUGAUUAUAUAUAGUGAUAAGUUUAUUUUGCAAACUUUGUUUGUUUUUAUAAUUCAUAUAUUCAGAAGUAUUGAUAAUGAACAAUUUAGAAAUGUUUCUGUGGAUUUUGAUCGCUGAAAUGCACUGAGUGUUAAGUUUAGGUUUCUGCCGAAGGGAUUGUCCAACAAAUUCUGAUUAACAUUAUAUUAAUCACUCUCAUUGGCACAAUGUAACAUGAGAGUGUGGUUUUAAUUGGUUAGAAAAACUUCUGAAGAUAUUGACCGCCAUUUCGUCAUUAAUUAUUUUUUUAAGUGGGUAUAAUAAUUAUUCGUCAGUCCGCGUUUGUGCCCACGCUAGUAGAGAGACAUUUGCGUCAACACUAAGAAAGUUAUUAUUUAUUGUUGCUUGAGAUAAGAAUCUUCUGAUUUAAUAGCUAAGUAAAGCAAUAAUAAACAAUAACUUUUUAUCUUAGAAGUGAUGCAUGAAUACUUAUUCUGUUGUCGUUUUAGUACAUAAUUAAGUGGGAAUGUUGUAUAUACAUGUAAUUAUCUAAAUAUUUGAUUGUUGUUGAUUGUGGUUUUAUUUCACGCUAAGUAUGUGUGGAAACUCAUGUUUUGUAUUGUUUCGCACUUCAUUCAUUCUUAUACAAAGAUUUUAUGUAGAUACAAGUAGAAUUACUACACUCUGUGAAUAAAAACAAAAAUCCUG